UUGCGGCAGUUUAGUCGCAACAGCACGUUGUGCUGAGAUGUUUCGUUCCGGUUCGUUUUCCUCAAAACUGUCAUAUUCGGUGUUCGUAAAUUUCCCAUUAGCGCCGAAAAAAAUCAUGUUUCUCCCGAUAGGUGAUUAGAACACAAAACAAAAAGGUCACUAAUGGAGGUUCGCCGUAAUUUUGCGUUUUGACACUUGGCCAGUCGUAUAUAUAUAUAUAAUAAUAACAUUAGGGGAAGAUUUCCAAAUUGCAUUACAAAGUUAACGAGUGAACGAUCAUGGUGAAACGAUUUAUGAGGAUUUUGAUGAUAAUGAUUGCAUGGACGGUUGAUUUUACCGCAGCCGGAAGUUGCAGAGCUGCGAAAUUAUGUUGCCAGGGUCGAGAUUCCGGAUGUGUAAUUCAAAAAGCAUCACCCAAUGCAAUAAUUGAGAGUCCUCGUGACACUCCGUGUUAUUGCGAUCACGCUUGUUUGAAACUCAACGAUUGUUGUAAUGAUUUUAAAGAGGCUUGCAAUGUUCUGGAUUGCAUUGUAUCGGAAUGGGGUGAGUGGUCGAGUUGCAGUAACAAAUGUGGAAUUGGAGUUCAAACCAGGACUCGUGUUGCACUUCAGCCAGAUCAAAAUGGAGGGAAGCAUUGUCCCCAAAUGGAGCAUUCCAGAUCUUGCCAGAGUUAUGAUGCAUGUCACCGGAAAAGUCAUUUGCAUCAUAACCAGGAGGUUGCACUAGUUUCACCUGCCAUGAGACCGAGUCCCAGUCAGAAUUCUAUCAGGAAAGUUACUCCAGGACACUGUGCCAUUUUUACAAUUCUGUGGGUAUCAAAAACUUGUAGCCGAGAGUACGCACCACUCACGGAAGGAUCACACGCCUGUGUCGUGUGUCGUGAGGAUGGAAAUAAGACAAGAUGUUACAAUAAAGGAAACACACACGAUCUCACUGGAAUUGGAAGGUGGAAAUUGUCAACAACAACGUACGAAAAUUGUCAUGGAAAAUGGAUAGGUGGUACAACAAUGCACACAAAUUGUGAUUCAGUUGUGUGUCAAGACGAUCUCUUUUUUACAUUUGUUUAAUAUAAUUUCACUCUCAAAAUUAAUUACUGUAUAAUUAUAUAUUACAUUAUAAUUAUAUUACAAUAAUAUCGUAUUUUUUUUUAAUUUAAUUUACAAAAAGAAAAAUUC